AUAAAGCUAAUAAAUAAAAAAGUUAUAAACCCUAAAAAACCCGCCUCCAAACAAAUUCCUCCAAAGAGAGGGAGAGUUGAAUUAGGGUUUAUACAUAGUAUUUGUUUGUUGGCGGCAAUAGUAGCAGGUUCCAUCAUAAAUAAAAAUCAAUUAAUGGGGAAAUCAAAGAGCUCAAGGAAAGGAAAGAAAGCAUGGAGAACAAAUAUCAGUACAGAAGAUAUUGAUGAUUUUUAUGAGAAAUCCACUAAAGAUGCUCUUUCCGGUGGUUCUCUCACCGCAGUUCCUAGCGAUUCCUUGUUUUUCGUCGACAAAUCCAGAGAUCUUUCUGUGAAGCGGAAAAUUGACAAACACAGAGAGAAAGUACUCCGUGUUGAUAGUAUAUUACAAAAGAAUACUUUUGUAAAACCUAUACCAUCAUCAACUCAGAAAAAAAUAAAGAAAACACUCAAAAAGGUUCAGAGCUUACAAGAAACUUCUUCUCAGAAAGAUGGUACCAAUGAUACCGGCAUGGUUGAUAUAUGGGAUGUGGAGCACGUUGGUAUUAAAAGAAAGGUCUCUAAUAAGGCUAUCGUCAUUCCUGCUGUGGAGGUAGAGCCACCAGGUUGCUCAUACAAUCCGCCAUCUGAAAGUCAUCAGGAUUCAUUGGCUCAUGCCGUUGCAGAUGAAAUGCAGAAAGUUUAUACAAUGGAAUUGCGUCCUGCACCUGUUCCUUUAACUGUUAUGGGAGAAGCUAUCGAUGAGGAAGAGAGAUAUUUUCUUGAUGCGGUUAAUGAGAGUGGUGAUGAUGUCGAAGAAGAUGAUGCCAAUGAAAAUGUUGAUGUAGAUCUUGAAAAGAGGCCCUAUAAAACGAAGAGAGUAACACGAGUAAAGCUGAAUAGGAGAGCCAGAAACAAAGAAAAACUGAAGUUGGAAGCAGAAAUAAAGAAGACGAAGGAGCUUGCUAAAGACCUUGAUAGCUUGCCCAAAAUAAUUGAUGAAAUUGCCAAGGAAGAUGAAGAAAAAAGCAAGAGACAUCUUCGUCGUGUUGUUGCCAAACAAGAAAGACUAAAGUCGUGUCCACCACGUCUGGGGAGGCACAAAUUUGCUCCUGCACCUGUUCAAGUAUUGUUAUCUGAAGAAAUUACUGGUUCUUUAAGGAAGCUGAAGGCAUGUUGCACUCUUGCAAGAGACCGAUACAAGAGCCUCGAGAAAAGAGGAAUUAUCGUCCCUACAGCUAAAAGUGGCAGGAAAUAGAAUUACAUCUAAAAACUAGAUGGGUCAGUAGGCAAUUAUGUGAGCAAGAGAGAUGAACUGCUGGUCAAAAUGAUCUUGUAUGACUACUGUUUUGUGUUUCAGUUUAUUUUCUCAAAUCCUCAAAAGUGAUGGAUACUAUUUAUAUUCUUGAAAUUCACAAGAAUUCAGUUUUGUAAUUGUUUUCCUUGUUUCUGUUCCAAUACAUCAGAUGUAUUGGUAAUUUUAUUGAAGUAUGUUUGUAAUUUUGUAUUGUAUUCUGCAUGGUCAAACAUUACCUUUUGUUCA